UGUACCAGAGGGGGAUUUACUUUGCAAUAGGGGUCAACUGCAAAAAAUACAAAAUGGAUGAAAACAACGAAGAAAUAGCUAUUGUUGGAAUUGGAUGCAAUUUUCCUGGAGGGGAAGGCACUGAAAACUUCUGGAAAGUUCUUCAUGAGGGAAGAAACUGCGUUGUGGAUAUCCCACCAGAUCGUUUUGAUACACAAUUCUGGCAUGAUCCCGAUGACAACAAGCCUGGAAAAAUGCGCACAAAGCGAGCGUCUCUCAUUGAAGGGUUCAAUUUAUUUGAUUAUAAGUUGUUUGGCAUAAAUGAAACAGAAGCCAACUGCAUGGAUCCACAACACAAGCUUCUCUUGGAGUGCACGUACAAAGCACUUGAAAAUGCAGGGAUGCCCAAGGAGGAUCUCAGUGGGAGUAAAACAGGAGUUUUUAUUGGGCUCAUGAAUCGAGACUUUGAAGCGAUAAUGAAUAAUUCAGCCAACAGAAUCAGCCAUUAUAAUGGCACUGGUACAGCAAUGAGCAUAGCUGCAAAUAGGAUUUCGUUCACCUUCAACUUUACUGGACCAUCACUGGCUAUAGACACAGCGUGCUCUUCAUCUCUGGUCGCUCUACACUACGCUUCUCAGGCCAUCAAACAAGGUGACUGUGAGAUGGCUGUUUGUGGAGGAGUGAGCUGCAUCAUUGAACCACGUGUCAAUGUAGCACUCAGUAAAGCAAAGAUGAUCUCUCCAGAUGGAAUGUGCAAACCAUUUUCUAAGAAAGCUAACGGGUAUGGGAGAGGAGAAGGAUGUGGAAUUCUUCUGUUGAAACCACUGGCAAAGGCACUGAAAGACAAUGAUCACAUCUGGGGUGUCCUAGUGCACAGUGCUAUCAAUCAAGAUGGAAGAUCAGUUACACCUAUCACCAGACCCUCACAAACACAGCAGGAAGAACUGUUGAAGUGGAUUUACCACAGGUAUGUUGAUCCAUCCCAGAUACAGUACAUGGAGGCUCAUGGAACUGGAACUCCAGCUGGUGAUCCUACAGAAGCCGGCAGCAUAUCACACAUUGUUGGUCAGUCCAGGACAUCAAACCCUGAUCCGCUCAUCAUAGGCUCUGUCAAAGGGAAUGUUGGUCACACAGAGUCAGCUGCAGGAGCCGCAGGUUUAAUCAAAGUUCUCCUGAUGAUGCAUCAUGGCAAAAUUGUACCAUCCCUCCACUACACUGAGGAGGAUUCAAGCAUCAAUGCAAAGGCUUUGAAUCUACGUGUUCCAACUAGUGUGGAAAACUGGGAAAAGCGUGGGGAGAUGGGUAGGAUGGCAGGAGUCAAUUCAUUUGGGUUUGGGGGAACAAAUGCUCACGCAGUGGUGAGACAGUACAAGCAGCUUGCCCGGCUCAACUGUGCACAGAAACCACUGGAGAUAUUUGUCCUUUCAGCUGCCUCCCAGAAAUCAAUUCAAAUGAUGAUAAAAGACACAAGUCACCAAAUAAGUCAAAGUGAUGAUACCGCUUUCCAUAGUCUGGCAUAUACAUCUGCUUGUAGAAGAAGCCACGCAAGUUAUAGAUACAGAAAAGCCUUUGUAGUUUCUUCCCUCAAUCACCUACAGCAGCAGCUUAAAUCAGCCACAGUUACUGAUGUUGCUCGGAUAAAGACAAGUCCAAAGAUCGUAUUUGUGUUCUGUGGCAACGGUGUUGCCUAUAGAGGGAUGUGUAAACUGCUUGUACACACAGAGCCAGUGUUCAGGAAACAGAUUGAAGAGAUAGAAAAAAUUCUCCAACUACACACACCCAUCAAUCUAAUAGAUUUAAUUGAAAAUGACUAUGAUGACUUCACAAAACCCGAGAUAGCACAGCCAUUGCUCUUUGCUGUUCAGGUGGCAAUGGUUUCUCUUUUGGGGUUUUGGGGAAUCCAGGCUAACCUUAUGAUUGGACAUUCUGUUGGCGAGGUUGCUGCAGCACAUUGUGCUGGGACACUGUCCUUGCACGAUGCUGUAAAGGUGAUUUACUACAGAAGUGUAUUGCAGUCAACAGUAACGGGAGGCAGAAUGCUGGCUGUUAGCAAUUUGCCUGUGUCAAAUGUGUCAGACAGACUUGUUCCAUAUUCGGGGAGAAUCUGUAUUGCUGCAUUCAACAGUCCCUCCUCUUGCACAGUGUCAGGUGAUGCCGGUGCAGUGGACAAACUGUAUACAGAGUUAUCCACCGCAUUUGGUGACAAAAAUAUAUUCCUUCGCAUUUUAGAUGUUCCAGCAGCUUAUCACAGUCACUUGAUGGAGCCAAUCAUACAGCAGGUAGAAGAGAAAGUAGGUAACUUACAUGAACAAGAAGCACGCUCAAAGGUUAUCUCCACAGUUACAGGUCAGGUGGCUUCAGGAGAUGACUUUCUCACAGGCAAAUAUUGGGCCCGGAACAUUCGAGAUCCUGUUGCCUUUGAAAAAGGGAUAAGAGCUGCUGCUGCAGAGGCUGAAGACGCAGUAUUUGUAGAAAUAGGACCAAGACGGGCCUUGCAAAGAUACAUCACAGAAAUCCUAGGCAAUCAAACUCGAGUUUUUCCUGCAGUUCAGCCAGACAGAGAUUAUGAAACUCAUCUAUUGGUUCUAUCAAAACUCUUUGAGCUCGGGUACAAUCCCAACUGGCAAAAUGUCUAUGUUGGUCGUGAAACUCUUCCCACUGUUUAUCCUUCUUAUGUGUUUGAUCACACAAAGCAGGAAUUAAACUUUGAAGAACUUAGGCAAGAUAAUGACAAGGUAGUUUCUUCCCAUCACCCCCUACUCUCUAGUGUAAGCAAGGACGGCAAGGAAUAUAACUUCACCUUGUCAACAUUGACAGUACCUUAUGUAGCUGAACACAAAAACAAUGGAGUGCCCAUACUUCCCGGUGCCUUUCAUGUAGAACUUGGUGUGGCUUCCGUCCUGGCAAGUAUUCAACCAAAGAUACCACUCACUUUGUGCCGGAUCAGCGCAAAGUUUCUGAAUCCUUGUAUAAUCCACCAGAACUCAGUUGAGCUCAAAGUGCACCUCAACAGAGAAGAUAAACUGAUCAAAUUUAGUGUUUUAUCAACUUCUGGCAUUUAUGCCACAGGGGAGGUACUACAGGUCACUGAGUGUGUAACUGAUGAAAGUAAUAUCUCGGUUGAGCAAAUUUUCCAAAGAUGCAAAUCGAAAGCAAAGCCAGAGGACAUCUAUAAAGAACUCUCUUCUUCAGGCUUUCAGUAUGGAUCAGUUUUUAGGCAACUUGGGGAUAUCUUCUAUGGAGAGAAUUUGAAGGAAGCUAUAACAUGCAUUAGAGUACCAGAAGAGCUCAUGUCACAGAUUCAUCAAUACUCCUUUCACCCAAUCAUUUUUGACUAUUUUCUACAAAUGGCUGCUGUUGUCACAAUGAUGUUUGCAGUCUCCACCAUAGGAUUCCCCACAUCUGUAGGGAGCUUGGUUAUUCAUCGCCCUUUACAACAAGAAAUGCUGAUGUAUCUGAGGAUCAGUAAAAUCACUCCAGAUUAUCUGGAGGUCUGUGGGGGCUUCACAGAUACAAAGGGCAUAAUCAUUGCCGAACUGAAAAAUAUCAGAACCACAUUUCUAACCGCACGGUCAAAGAGAAACAAUGGAGGAGGAAUCAAUGAUUUGUUCUAUGAAAGUAUCUGGGUAGAAAUUCCUCACCUUCAAGAGGGCAAAAAUCUUGCUUCUGGCCCAAGAUCACUCGUGUUUGGUGAUAACUAUGGAGUGGCUGAAAGCCUCAAGAAGUUCCUCCACAGUCAGUCCACAUAUAUUCCUUACCAGGAAUAUGACAAUUUCACUGGUACAGAAGUUGUGGAUCUUCUGAGAAAGUACAAGGCCCACAACCUGAAUAGCUAUGAGGAGGUGUUCUUCCUGUGGGGGACUGUCAACCUGACUGACCAGACCAGCACAGCAGUGGUGCAGGAGGUCAGUAGCUGCUGUGAGAUUUAUCGUCAGAUCAUUCAGCUAGUUCGAGGGAAAAAUGGCACAAAAUCUGUUAGAGUAAUAACAUACAGGACGUCUGAAAAAACAGUGGAUCAAAUUACUCCAGGGUUUGCCCUGUGGGGUAUGACGAGAUCAUGCAAUGCAGAAAUUCCAGAGGUUUUAUUUCAGAUCAUUGAUGUCAGCUCUAUCAGUGAUGCAGAUAUGGCAGCAUUAGCUAAUGUAAUAGUCUUGUCUGAUGGGGUGACCCACCCUGAGGUAAUGAUCAGCCAGGGAAUGUUGCAUGCUUCCACGAUCACACGAACAUCCCUUAUAAUCUCAGACAAUACCAAUGGUGGGACUUCUUAUUCUGGUUUGGGAAAUGUCCUUUUCCAGAUCAUGGAUCCUUACAAUGUUGUGGAUUUGCAUGCCAAACCUCAAGAGAACAAAAUGAGUGCACCCACAAAACAAAGUGUACACAUUGAAUUGGAUGCAAUUUGCAUGCAUUCAGCGGAUUACUUCCCAGUUAGUGUCUCUGAUCUAAACUAUGGGAAGACGUUGUACUGGAGCAAAAGUGUGUUUGGUGGGCACAAUCUCGUGGCUCUGGACUUUAGUGGUACAGUCACUGCUGUUGGCAGUGAUGUGAAGAGUUGCAAAGUGGGAGAUCAUAUUGUUGCAUGUUACCCGGUUCCUGCAGCUUCAAAUGUCAGCCUUCCUGCUGUUGUUUGUUUCAAAAGCAAGAAAGUACCAUUGCUGAAGGAGAUCCCUUGUGUGUCAUACUUCACAAUAGCAUGGGAAAUAUUCCAUAAUCUCUUACCAAAACCCAAACAUCAGAAACGCUUGGUAAUUGUUUCCAUGAUACCUGAUUCGUGUUUGAGUAAAGUCUUGUCUCUGACAGCCAGGGAGUCUGGCUGGAGAGUUCAGGUUUAUCCACACUCCAAUGACCUUGUACAGAUUCCAGUUCACUGUGAUGCUUUGGUUUUAUUGCCACCUUUUGAAAAAACCUCUAUUUCAAAAUAUGUCAAUGGUUCUUCUGCUCGGAUAUUGUUGUUCUCCUGGACAACAAGCAGAUGCUUGAUUUCCCAAGACAUUCUCCAAAAUGAAAAGGACAAUGUCUGUAUUCAUGUUCUGCAGUUAGCCAGUAUAUUUCAAAAGGGCUAUCUCAUGAAAUCUGCAAAUCGUAUCUAUAAAUGGAUGAGAACAAUGUAUUUAGGGACGAAACGUUUUGAUCUAUCAAAAAUGAUCUUCCAGCAAAGAAUAUCAGACAUGGUUGAGUGCAGGAAUGAGUCGUACUUUACAUGCAGAGAUGUCUCCAUUGCAGUUCUGAAGAGCACCACCAAGACUAGGAUGUCAGAGAUUCCAAUGCACUGCAGACAAAAGCAGCUCUUUAAAAGUGAUGCUGUGUAUAUAGUUGCUGGAGGACUUACCGGUCUUGGCUUUGAAACUGUGAAAUUCAUUGCCAACCAUGGCGGUGGCUAUAUUCUUGUUCUUUCAAGGAGCUCUCCAUCGAAGGAGAAGCAGGAGGAAUUUAGCAAACUACAGAAUGAAAUUGGGACAAGGAUCAUUUGCGUGGCCUGUGACAUCUCAGCUCUGUCAAAUGUCGAGAAAGCAAUCAGUAAUUUUCUUCACUCCUUCCCAAAGGUUUCUGUUAAAGGAGUGUUUCACAGUGCUGUGGUCUUACAUGAUUCACUCCUUCGAGAUCUAAAUAAAUCAUUGUUUGAUAAGGUUCUUGUUCCCAAAAUUGCUGGGGUCUUGAAUCUUCACUAUGCAACACAAGGCCUCCAGCUGGAGUACUUUGUGUGCUUUUCCUCAGUUGCUUCAUUCAUUGGAACAUCUCUACAGGCUAACUAUUCUGCAGCAAACUCAUUUCUUGAUUACUUUGUCCACUUUAGGCGAUGCCAUGGGCUUGUGGGGCAAUCUGUGAACUGGGGAGCACUGAAUCUCGGGCUGCUGCUCAAUAAAGACAACGUUCGGAAAUUUCUGGAGUUGAAAGGGAUUUUGGCAAUAGAAAUUUCUGAAAUCAUUAAAAGCUUUGAACGUUGUUUGACCCUGAACAAUCCACAACAAGUAAUCUGUAAAUUUGAUUUCUCAAAUAUAUAUGUUAAUCUCUCCCAAAACCCAUCAAGCGGGAGACGUUUCCAUUCAAUUAUGCAGGAAGAGAUCAGCAAAGGAAAUGUCAAAGUGGUGGUCAGUGACUCAUCAAUACCUCCUGAACAGUAUAUAAUAACCUUGUUGUCUGAAGUGAGUAACACAGAUCCUACAGACUUUACCAAAGAAUCUACUCUCUCCAGUUUUGGCAUUGAUUCCAUGAUAGGAAUGACCAUACAGAAUCGGAUUCACCAGGAAAAGAAUGUCAGUGUGCCACUAGUAACAUUUCUUGAUCCAAAAUCAACAGUGUCCACUCUGGUAUCACUGUUUGAAGAGGAAGGUUUCCAAGUUCAUUCUGGGGAAACAUCUAUGCCAUUGAACAAGUCUUUUGAGGAAGUUCCUGAUGAGUUUACUCAGUUGUAAAUAAUGCAUAAAUAAUACAGCAUUGUACAGCGCUUCAUCCAGUCAAAUCAAGAUUAUAUUCCCCAUUUACUGGAGAAUGAUGAUAUUUGAUAAUCAUAUCUCAUUCAGAAUAGAUAAACUUUUCUGCCACUUUCAUACAGAUUUUAAUUUUGUAGAGUUCGAAAUCCUCAUCCUCGCAUUCAAAGCCCUCCAUGGCCUUGCACCUCCCUAGCUCUGUGACCUGCUAACCCCACACGGCCUACGUUCAGCAGUCUAGGAGCAUAGGAGCAGAAGUAAGCCAUUCAGCCCCCUGGGCCUGUUACGCCAUUCUAUAAGAUCACGGCUGAUCUGAAUCUCUACUCCAAUUAACUUGCCCAUAUCCCUUAAUACAAUUCUAAUAAUAAUCUUCACGUUUUCUUG